CCUGGCCUGGCAGAAAGUCCCGGGCGGCGGCUGCUCUCGCCUCGUCUCGUCCGAACUCCGUUGCCGGGCCUGGCUGUGAUGGGGACGCCGCGAGGGUGCCUGGCGUGGCUCUGCCUGCUGGUCCUGCUACAGGCUGGAAGGUGGCUAUGUGAGGAGACGGCACCAUGCCGGCCGGGUUUCAAACGGGAGAAGUACGUGUUCAGUGUGUUGUCACAGCACCUGAGAAGGGGGCGAAGGCUGGGUCGAGUGAACUUUGAGAGCUGCACCGGAAGGACUGACACAUCCUACGAGGUGGCGGACAGGCAUUUUGAAACACGUGACGGCGUGGUCACAGUCAAGCGGUCUCUGAACCUCCACGACCGUGAAAGGACCUUCCGCAUCUUCGCCACAGACUCUGCCGGCAAGCGGCACUCUGCCAGAGUGGUUGUGAGAAGGCUCCAUCACCAGCACCCUGCGGAGCCCUACAAGCUGGGACCAGGACAGGUGCUGACGUUCCCAGAACCCCACCCAGGCCUGAAGCGGCAGAAGAGGGACUGGGUCAUCCCCCCUAUUAAUUGUCCUGAGAACGAGAAGGGUCCCUUCCCCAAGAAGCUGGUGCAGAUCAAAUCCAACAGGGACAAGGAGACCAAAGUUUUCUACAGCAUCACGGGACAAGGAGCGGACGCCCCCCCUAGAGGCACCUUUAUCGUGGACAGAGAGUCUGGCUGGCUGGAGGUGACCUGCCCACUGGACAGAGAGUCCAUCAGCAGUUACACUCUCUUCUCCCACGCAGUGUCUGCGAACGGGGAGCCGGUGGAGGACCCCAUGGAGGUGAUCAUCAAGGUGACCGAUCAGAAUGACAACCGGCCCCAGUUCACGCAGCCCGUCUUCAACGGAGCAGUGCCAGAAGGAGCCAAGCCAGGGACCACCGUGAUGCAGGUCUCGGCCACUGAUAAAGAUGACGCUGUGGAUUCCUACAACGGGGUUGUCUCCUAUUCCAUUGUCAGGCAAGAGCCUCCAGAGCCCCACCCAGAGAUGUUUGCCAUCAACAACGAGACAGGCAUGAUCAGCGUGGUCGUAGCAGGGCUGGACAGAGAGGAAUUCCCCAAAUACACGCUGAUUCUCCAAGCUACGGACAUGCAGGGACAAGGCUUAACCACUUCAGGGACAGCCAUGAUCACGGUCACUGACAACAACGAUAACCCACCAAUUUUUGACCCAUCCACGUAUGAGAGAACCGUGCCAGAGAAUGAGGCGGGGUUUCUGGUUGCCAACCUGAAGGUCAGAGACGCUGAUGAGCAAGGCACGGAUGCAUGGAAAGCCAGCUACAGCAUUGAAUCGGGGAACGAGGGAGCGGACUUCAUUAUCACUACUGAUCCUCAAACCAACGAUGGCCUCCUGAAAACAGCGAAGGGUCUGGACUACGAGCAAAAGAAGCAGUUUGUCCUCAGGGUCUCUGUCAGGAACGUCGCCGGGUUCUCGGUGCAGGUGCCAACGUCCACAGCCCUCGUGACCGUCAAUGUGGCCGACGUCAACGAGGCCCCCGUCUUCGUGCCGCCUGAAAAGCUGGUGAAGCACUCGGAAGACUUCGCCGUGGACCAAGUGCUGACCACCUACACUGCUCGGGACCCAGAUGUGGCCAUGAGGCAGGCCAUCAGAUAUUCCAUUGGGAAAGAUGUGGCCAGAUGGCUGAAUAUUAACCCUGAAAAUGGCGUCAUACGGACUAUAGCCCCUCUAGACAGGGAGUCACCGCAUGUGAAGAACAACACGUACGAGGCCCUCAUCUACGCAACUGAUGAUGGGGAGCCAUCGGCCACGGGCACGGGAACUCUGCUCUUGUACCUCUUUGAUGUGAAUGACAAUGCACCGGAGCCAGAUCCACGGAACUUUGAAAUCUGCAACCGAAAUCCAGUGCCCCAACAGCUGAAGAUUGUGGACAAGGAUCUUCCUCCGCACACCUUCUCGGCAGACCUGAAGUUAGGUGCAAAGGCCAACUGGUCCGUCCAAGUGGAUCAGGGGAGCGACAGCCUGACCCUGAGGCUGACCAAGGAGCUGGAGCCCGGAGAAUACAGCAUUGCUCUGGAGCUGAACGACGGCCAGGGGAUGCAGCAGAUCACGAUGGUCAAAGCGCAAGUGUGCAAUUGCGAAGGGGUGCCCAAGAACUGUGAGAAGAGGGGCUUCGUCGCAGGCACCAUGGACGUCCCAGCCAUCCUGGGAAUCCUUGGCGGGAUCCUGGCCUUGCUGAUCCUGCUUCUGUUGCUGCUGCUCUUCGUGAGGAAGAGGAGGGUGGUGAAGGAGCCACUGCUCCCCCCAGAGGACGACACUCGAGACAACGUCUAUUACUACGAUGAAGAGGGCGGCGGAGAAGAGGAUCAGGACUAUGACAUGAGCCAGCUGCACCGGUGCGAAGGCUUGGAUGUUUCGCAUUCCUGAGGUCACCUCAGAAUGAUGUCCAAGAAGCCGACUAUGCCAGCC